AUGGCUUCCCAGUUUCAUCAGCUCCGGAUCCUGGUGUGGAAAAAUUGGCUAGGUGUCAAAAGGCAGCCGCUUUGGACACUUGUCUUAAUCUUAUGGCCAGUCAUUAUUUUCAUAAUUCUGGCUAUUACUCGGACCAAAUUUCCACCAACAGCAAAACCAACUUGUUACCUCGCACCUCGAAACCUGCCAAGUGCUGGAUUCUUCCCAUUCCUACAAACCCUCCUCUGUGACACAGACUCCAAAUGCAAAGACACACCCUAUGGGCCACGGGACCUGCUCCGUAGAAAGGGCAUUGAUGAGACGCUGUUUAAAGACAGUGAAAUUCUGAAAAAGUCAUUCAACCCGGAGAGGGACAGCAAUUUAUCACUCCAGAGCACCCAAGUUCCAGGAAGAAGUCACACACCACUGGCCACAUUACCUCCUAGACCAAGCUCUGAUUUGGAAGGAAUGGGCCCAGAAAUUUUCAAUGGCAGCCAAGUGCUCACACGCAUCCUUGAUUUGGAAAAGCUGCUGAAGCAAAAUUCAACUCCAGAGGAGAUACGAAGAGAGCUGUGUGAAAGCUACCCAGGGUACACUGCAGAAUAUGCCUUCUCUUGGCUCACUCUAGGGAAAAAUGUUUUUAACAAAUUUUGCCUUUCGAACAUGACACUUUUAGAGUCUUCUCUCCAGGAACUAAAAUAUCAGGUCUCUCAGAUGUCCAGUGAUCCUGACAACCAGAAGAGAGUGUUUCAGGGGCUUGUCCAGGUGCUCUCCUUUUUCUCUCAAGUGCAGCAGCAAAGAGAAGUGUGGCAACUUCUGUCGAGUUUUCCAGAUGUGUUUCAGAAUGACACCUCACUGAGCGGUCUAUUUGGUGUUCUUCAAAAGGCAAACAGGGUGCUGCUGGUAGUGCAGAAGCUUUACCCACGUGUUCACACCGACGAAGGAUUCAACACCCUCCAGAAGUCUGUUAAACAUCUGCUGAAUACUCUGGACUCCCCAGCACAAGGUACUAGUGACAAUUCAACACACGCGUGGAGUGAUGAUGACGAACAGACACUGUCUCCAAGCAGUCUGGCUGCACAACUCCUGAUCCUGGAAAACUUUGAAGAUGCCAUCUUGAACAUAUCAUCAAAUAGUCCAUAUUCUCCUUACCUGGCAUGUAUAAGAAAUAUGACUGAUCACUUGGCCAGGGGAUCACCAGAUAAUCUAAGACUCCUGCAGUCCACGAUUCGCUUCAGAAGAUCUACUCUUCAAAAUGGCUCCUAUGAAGAUGACUUCCCUAUGUUUCCUGAAGUCCUGAAAUUCAAGUUGUCUCAGCUUCGAAACUUGACGGAACUUCUCUGUGAACCAGAAACUAUCAGUUCAAUAGAGAAAUCCUGCCAGCUCUCUAACAUGAGCUUCAGCAAGCUGUGUGAAGACCACACCUUUCAUGUGCAACUAAUAGAAGCCGCAGAGCUGGGCGCUGACAUCGCCACUGGCUUACUGUACCACGACAAUGUAGUAUCUGCAAAGCUGAGGGGUUUGCUUACUGGCGAUCCCAGCAAAAUUAACCUAAAUAUGGACUGGCUCCUGGAACAGGCGUUGCAAAUGAAUUACUUGGAAAAUAUCACACAGUUAAUACCAACUGUAGAGGCCAUGCUGCACGUCAACAGCAGCACGGACGCUGCGGAGCAGACAGGCCAAUUAAUAGAAAUGUUUAAAAACACUGAAGAGCUGAAAGAAGAACUGAAGGCAACAGGGAUGUCUAGCACGAGCAUCGAGAAGAUGCUGGCCAUUCCCAUCCCAGACAACAGAGCCGAGAUAAUUUCUCGUGUAUUCUGGUUGCAUUCAUGUGAUGCGAAUGCCACCAACCCCAAAUUGGAAGAUGCCAUGAAGGAAUUCUGCAAGCUGCCCCUUCCAGAGCGAUCACACCAGUCCUACCUCAUCGGACUCACCCUUCUGCACUAUUUAGACAUCUACAAUUUUACAUACAAGGUGUUUUUCCCAAGGAAAGAUCAAAAGCCAGUAGAAAGGAUGAUGGAGCUUUUCAUAAAGCUGAAAACGAUUCUCAAUCAGUUGGCUUCCGGCGCACAUCCCCUGCUAGACAAAAUGAGAUCUCUGAAACAAAUGCAUCUGCCCAGGAGUGUUCCAUUAACACAGGCCAUGUACAGAAGCACCCGAAUGAACACACCAGCAGGGUCUUUCAGAACCAUCUCCCAAGCGCUCUGUUCCCAAGGGAUUACCACUGAGUACUUGACCUCCAUGCUGCCUUCUUCCCAGAAGCCAAAAGGCAACCACACCAAGGAUUUCCUAACUUAUAAGUUAACUAAAGAAGAGAUUGCCUCAAAAUAUGGAAUUCCGUUAAAUGCUACACCAUUUUGCUUCUCCCUUUACAAAGACAUCAUCAACAUGCCUGCUGGACCUGUGAUUUGGGCUUUCUUGAAACCAAUGCUGUUGGGAAAGAUCUUAUAUGCACCAUAUAAUCCAGCUACAAAGGCCAUUAUGGAAAAGUCCAAUGUAACUCUGAGACAGCUGGCGGAAUUAAGAGAAAAAUCUCAGGAGUGGAUGGAUAAGUCACCAAUCUUCAUGAAUUCCUUCCACCUGCUAAACCAGACAAUUCCAAUGCUCCAGAAUACUCUAAGGAACCCCUUUGUGCAAGUUUUUGUGAAGUUCUCUGUGGGACUCGAUGCUGUUGAACUCCUGAAGCAAAUUGAUGACCUUGAUGUUCUUAGACUGAAACUAGAGAACAACAUUGACAUCAUUGAUCAACUGAACACGCUGUCUUCCCUGACAGUGAACAUUUCUUCCUGUGUACUGUAUGACCGCAUCCAGGCAGCAGACACUGUGGAGGAGAUGGAGAUGGUGGCUGAAAAGCUUUACAAAAGCAAUGAACUCUUUGGAAGUGUCAUUUUUAAGCUUCCAUCUAACAGAAGCUCACACAGAGGCUACGAUUCUGAAAACGUCUCUCUUCCUCCUAUCGUAAAAUAUACUAUCCGCAUGAGUCUGAAGACUGCUCAGACCACAAGGAGCAUAAGAACCAAGAUUUGGGCCCCGGGGCCACACAAUUCUCCAUCACACAACCAGAUCUAUGGCCGGGCUUUCAUUUACUUGCAGGAUAGUAUUGAAAGAGCAAUCAUUGAAUUACAAACAGGAAGGAACUCGCAGGAGGUGGCUGUCCAGGUUCAAGCAGUUCCCUAUCCCUGCUUCAUGAAAGAUAACUUCCUCACCAGUGUCUCCUAUUCCCUUCCGAUCGUGCUCAUGGUCGCCUGGGUUGUAUUUAUAGCUGCCUUUGUUAAAAAGCUUGUUUAUGAGAAGGACCUUCGGCUCCAUGAGUACAUGAAGAUGAUGGGUGUGAACUCCUGCAGCCAUUUUUUCGCCUGGCUUAUAGAAAGUGUUGGAUUUUUACUGGUUACUAUUGCAAUUCUCAUCGUUAUACUCAAGUUUGGCAAUAUUCUUCCCAAAACAAAUGGUUUCAUUUUGUUCCUGUACUUUUCGGACUACAGUUUCUCAGUGAUUGCCAUGAGCUAUCUCAUCAGUGUUUUCUUCAACAAUACCAACAUUGCAGCUCUGAUUGGAAGCCUCAUCUACGUCAUUGCCUUUUUUCCAUUUAUUGUUCUUGUUACAGUUGAGGAUGAGUUGAGCUAUGUUAUAAAAGUAUUCAUGAGCCUGCUGUCCCCAACAGCAUUCAGCUAUGCAAGCCAAUAUAUUGCACGGUAUGAAGAACAAGGUGUUGGUCUUCAAUGGGAAAACAUGUACAAGUCCCCUGUUCAAGAUGAUACCACCUCAUUUGGAUGGCUGUGCUGUCUAAUUCUAGCAGACUCUUUCAUUUACUUCUUUAUUGCUUGGUACGUCAGGAAUGUCUUCCCAGGGACAUAUGGCAUGGCAGCUCCGUGGUAUUUUCCAGUACUUCCUUCUUAUUGGAAAGAGCGAUUUGGAUGCGCAGAGGUGAAGCGUGAGAAAAGCAAUGGCCUUAUGUUUACCAAUAUCAUGAUGCAGAACACCAACCCUUCUGCCAAUAAGACAAGUCCUGACUGUGCAUUCCCCUCCAACAUUGAACCUGAACCUAAAGAUCUCCAAAUUGGAGUUGCCCUUCAUGGGGUCACAAAGAUGUAUGGCUCAAAGACGGCUGUUCAAAACCUCAAUCUGAACUUUUACGAAGGGCACAUUACUUCACUGCUAGGGCCAAAUGGAGCUGGAAAAACCACAACCAUCUCCAUGCUGACUGGACUGUUUGGUGCCUCAGCAGGUACUAUUUUUGUAUAUGGGAAAGAUAUCAAGACAGACCUAAAUACUGUUCGGAAAAACAUGGGAGUCUGCAUGCAGCAUGACGUCUUGUUCAGUUACCUCACCACCAAGGAGCACCUUCUCCUGUACGGCUCCAUCAAAGUCCCUCACUGGACCAAAAAGCAGCUCCAUGAGGAGGUUAAAAGGACUUUAAAAGACACUGGCCUGUAUAACCAUCGCCAUAAAAGAGUUGGAACAUUGUCUGGAGGAAUGAAGAGGAAAUUGUCCAUAUCCAUAGCUCUCAUUGGUGGAUCAAGGGUAGUGAUUCUUGAUGAACCAUCUACUGGAGUCGACCCGUGUUCUCGAAGAAGUAUAUGGGAUGUCAUAUCCAAGAAUAAAACUGCCAGAACAAUCAUCCUGUCAACACACCACUUGGAUGAGGCUGAGGUGUUGAGUGACCGCAUUGCUUUCCUGGAACAAGGUGGGCUCCGAUGUUGUGGCUCACCAUUUUACCUCAAGGAAGCUUUUGGGGAUGGCUACCAUCUCACACUCACCAAGAAAAAGAGUCCAAACCUAGACACAAAUGCAAUCUGUGACACAGUGGCCGUGACAGCAAUGAUCCAGUCACACCUCCCUGAAGCCUACCUCAAGGAGGAUAUUGGAGGAGAGCUUGUGUACGUGCUUCCUCCAUUUAGCACUAAGGUCUCAGGUGCUUACCUGUCACUCCUGAGAGCGCUGGACAAGGGAAUGGGUAAUCUCAACAUUGGCUGCUAUGGCAUUUCAGACACCACUGUUGAAGAGGUUUUCCUGAACUUGACAAAAGAUUCACAAAAAAGUGGUAAUAUGAGUCUUGAACACUUAACACAAAGGAAAGUUGGGAAUCCCAGUGCCAAUGGCACCUCCACACCUGAUGACUUGUCUGUGAGCAGCAGCAACUUCACAGACAGAGACGACAAAGUCCUGACAAGCAGUGAGAAGCUGGAUGGCUUUGGGCUGUUGCUGAAGAAGAUAAUGGCUAUUCUCAUCAAGCGGUUCCACCAUACCCGCAGAAACUGGAAGGGUCUCAUUGCUCAGGUCAUCCUCCCCAUCGUCUUUGUAGCCACUGCCAUGGGCCUUGGCACACUGAGAGAUUCCAGCAACAGUUAUCCCGAGAUCAUGAUCUCUCCAUCCAUUUAUGGGACCUCAGAACAGACAGCCUUCUAUGCGAAUUUUGAUCCAAGCACAAAUGCCCUGGUCUCAGCAUUGUGGAACUUCCCUGGAAUUGACAACGUGUGUUUGAAUACGAAUGAUUCGCAGUGUUUGAAAAAAGACAGUCUGGGAAAAUGGAACACUAGUGGAGAAGCUAUCGACAACUUUGGUGUUUGCUCCUGUUCAGACAAUGUGCAGGAAUGCCCUAAAUUUAACUAUUCCCCACCUCACAGAAGAAUUUAUUCUUCCCAAGUUAUUUAUAACCUUACUGGAAACCACAUGGAAAAUUAUCUUAUAUCAACUGCAAAUCAUUUUGUGCAGAAAAGAUAUGGAGGUUGGAGUUUUGGGCUGAAUUUGACUAACGACCUUCGUUUUGAUAUAACAGCAGUUCCUGUCAAUAGAACUCUUGCUAAGGUGUGGUAUGACCCAGAAGGCUACCACUCUCUCCCAGCUUACCUCAACAGCCUCAACAAUUUCCUCCUCAGAGUGAACAUGUCAGAGUACGAUGCUGCUCGACACGGGAUCAUCAUGUAUAGCCAUCCUUAUCCAGGGGUACAAGACCAGGAACAAGCUACAAUCAGCAGUUUAAUCGAUAUUUUAGUGGCGCUGUCCAUCCUGAUGGGCUACUCUGUCACCACUGCCAGCUUUGUCACCUACAUUGUCAGGGAGCAUCAGACCAAAGCCAAGCAACUGCAACACAUUUCCGGCAUUGGUGUGACAUGUUACUGGGUGACAAAUUUCAUCUAUGACAUGGUCUUUUACUUGGUCCCUGUAGCAUUUUCAAUUGGUGUCAUCGCAAUUUUCAAGCUACCUGCCUUCUACAGUGAAAAUAAUCUAGGAGCUGUGUCUCUUCUACUUUUGCUAUUUGGCUAUGCAACAUUUUCUUGGAUGUAUUUGCUGGCUGGUCUCUUCCAUGAAACAGGAAUGGCCUUCAUCACUUAUGUCUGUGUCAACCUAUUUUUUGGCAUCAAUUCCAUUGUUUCUUUGUCGGUGGUGUACUUUCUUUCCAAAGAAAAGCCCAACGAUCCGACUCUAGAACUUAUUUCUGAAACCCUCAAGCGAAUUUUCCUGAUAUUCCCUCAAUUCUGUUUUGGCUACGGUUUGAUAGAACUCUCUCAGCAACAAGCAGUCCUGGAUUUCUUGAAGGCAUAUGGUGUGGAAUAUCCAAGUGAAACCUUCGAAAUGGAUAAACUAGGUGCAAUGUUUGUAGCCUUGGUUUCCCAGGGCACCAUGUUUUUCUUGUUGCGGCUCCUAAUCAAUGAGUGGCUGAUAAAGAAACUAAGGCUCUUCUUCAGAAAAUUUGUCUCCUCGCCUAUCAUGGAGACAGUAGAUGAAGAUGAAGAUGUGCGUGCUGAGAGAUUAAGAGUCGAGAGUGGUGCAGCUGAGUUUGAUCUGGUCCAACUCCAUCAUCUCACUAAGACCUAUCAACUUAUCCACAAAAAGAUAAUAGCCGUUAACAACAUUAGCCUUGGGAUACCUGCUGGAGAGUGCUUUGGCCUCCUCGGUGUGAAUGGAGCAGGGAAAACCACUAUAUUUAAGAUGCUGACUGGAGACAUAAUUCCUUCCGGUGGAAAUAUUCUGAUCAGGAACAAGAGCGGAUCCUUGGGUCAUGUGGAUUCUCAUAGCUCAUUGGUUGGGUACUGCCCUCAAGAGGAUGCCUUAGAUGACCUGGUAACUGUGGAAGAACAUUUGUAUUUCUAUGCCAGAGUACAUGGGAUUCCAGAGAAAGACAUCAAAGAAACUGUUCAUAAACUCCUUAGGAGGCUUCAUUUGAUGCCCUACAAGGACAGAUCUACCUCCAUGUGCAGUUAUGGCACAAAAAGAAAGCUGUCUACUGCCCUGGCCUUAAUAGGGAAACCAUCCAUCCUCCUGCUGGAUGAGCCGAGCUCGGGGAUGGACCCUAAGUCAAAACGACACCUCUGGAGGAUCAUUUCAGAGGAGGUGCAGAACAAAUGCUCUGUCAUCCUCACAUCUCACAGCAUGGAAGAAUGUGAAGCCCUUUGUACCCGGCUGGCCAUUAUGGUGAAUGGAAGGUUUCAAUGCAUUGGAUCUUUGCAACAUAUAAAGAGCAGGUUUGGACGUGGAUUUACUGUCAAGGUUCACUUGAAAAAUAAUAAAGUGAGCAUGGAAAAUCUCACAAGGUUUAUGCAGUUGCACUUUCCAAAAACAUACUUAAAAGAUCAGCAUCUUAGCAUGUUAGAGUACCAUGUGCCAGUCACAGCAGGAGGAGUAGCAAACAUUUUUGACCUUCUGGAAACCAACAAGACUGCUCUAAAUAUCACAAAUUUCCUCGUGAGCCAGACUACUCUGGAAGAGGUAUUUAUCAACUUCGCCAAAGACCAAAAAUCCUAUGAAAAUGUCGAAACCAGUAGCCGUGGUUCCACCAUAAGUGUUGACUCACAGGAUGACCGGAUAGAGUCUUAGCACCUGUAGCAGAUUCAACUUCAGCAAAUGACUGAUGGAUGCUUUCAAAGAAGACACCAUUUCCUAAAACAUCUCUUCCUUAGGAAGUGUUACACUGCAUGCAAGUGUACAGCACAAGACUGACAAAUUAUAAUGGACAUCAGUAUUGCUCCUGAAACGAUUCCCCUGUACUCAACACAGUGAGAAUGCAAUGUAUAUGCUGGUGAUCCAUAGGCAAAAGGUCAACCCCACGAUGGGUGUCUUAAUUUAUUACUUUCAAUAAAAGGACAGCUUAAAAGGCA